CAGACAGCUUUGUUUAGUUGCUGUGACCGACAGACCAGUUCUGUCUUCCCAUACAUACAUACAUACAUACAUUGUUGUUGGGUGGUUGCACUGCUGCUGGAUUCUUUCCCCCAGAGGCAUUCUAUCUAGAUGGACAGGCGGAUACUGCUCUGUGUGUGCUUGCAUGUAACAUGGCUUCACGCCCGUCCACAGGAAAAAGGUGCUCUGCGCUUCGUGGGUAUAGGGGACUGGGGAGGCAUACCCUUCGCCCCCUACUCUACUCCACAGCAGUGGGGGGUGGCCCGGGAGCUGAACGCCCUGACCAAGACCACAGGCCUGGACUUUGUCCUCAGCCUGGGAGACAACUUUUAUUUCAGCGGAGUCACCGACGCUGAUGAUCCCCGAUUCAAGCUCACCUUUGAGAACGUGUUCUCUCACCCAGAUCUGCUUAGUGUGCCCUGGUACGUGGUGGCAGGUAACCAUGAUCAUCGGGGAAAUGUAACCGGACAAAUUGCUUACUCUGCCCGCUCAGAGAGAUGGCGCUUCCCGGAGCUGUACUAUGAGCUGAAGUUUCCAAUCCCAGGCUCCAACGCAUCCAUGGCGGUGCUAAUGAUUGACACGGUCACCCUGUGUGGGAACACCUAUGACAAAGAUCACCCCGUCGGACCCGAGGAUCCAAAGGCCUCCGACGAGCAGUUUGGGUGGAUCGAGAACAGACUAAAGAGCGCCACGGCAGAAUUUGUGGUGGUGGCAGGGCACUACCCAGUCUGGUCUGUUGGUCAUCACGGGCCCACGCAGUGUCUGGUGGAGAAGCUGAGGCCACUACUGAAGAAGUACGACGUCACAGUGUACCUGAGUGGCCAUGACCAUGACAUGCAGUUUAACCAGGAGAGUGAUGGCGGUGCCUACGUGGUGAGUGGUAGCGGGGCCAUCGUCUCCACCUCCCUCCACCACCAGGGCAGCUUCCCCUCCUCCUGGCAGCGUUUCUCCAACACUGCCAACGCCACCAGGGGAGGCUUCGCCUACUUUGAGGCCACGGCAGACCACAUGACCGUGAACUUCAUACAGACAGAUGGGAAGUGUGUCUAUCAGACCGUGCUACCCAAGAGAAGUGUCCUACACAAAACAUAGUGACUGUCUUACAUGGGAAGGGUAUAUAUCAGAUCAUCCUACCCAAGAUAAGUGUCCUGCACAAGAGAUAAAGUAGUGACUGUUUUAGAUGGGGAAGUGUGUCUGUCAGACUCUCCUACCCAAACAAAAUGUGAAGUGUAGAGUCCUACACAAGACAUGAUGACGGUCUUCUUUCAAAGUAUUUUAUAUUGUCAACACUGUGAAUGAAGAAUUUUUGAUUAUUUUAUUCACCGCUGAAAGCUUCUCUCUGUUUUUCAGAGAUUUCCCCCCUUUUCAGAUGCUGCUAUGUGUGAUAAAUUAGUGUUUGAUCCCC